CUUUAUGCUGUGCCAAAUAUCGGGUAUAGAAAUUUAGUUUUAAUAUAGUAUAAUGUUUCUUCUCUAAACUCUUGCUGAUGUUUUAUUGUGAUUUGUGUUGACAGUGUUGAUGAAGAUGCAGCAGUUUGCAGUGGAUGUGACUCUGGAUCCUGAUACAGCUCAUCCAAAACUCAUCCUGUCUGAAGAUAGAAAACAAGUGAAACAUGGAGACAUUAAACAUAAACUCCCAGAUAAUCCAGAGAGAUUUGAUUAUUGUCCCUGUGUCCUGGGAAAAGAGGGAUUCACCUCAGGGAGAUUUUAUUUUGAGGUUCAGGUGAAGGACAAAACUGAAUGGGAUUUAGGAGUGGCCAGAGAAUCUAUUUACAGAAAGAGAGACAUCACACUGUCUCCUCAGAAUGGAUUCUGGACUGUGUGGCUGAGGAAUGAGAAUGAAUAUAAAGCUCUUGCUGGUCCUGGUGUCUCUCUGUGUCUGAAAGUGAAACCACAGAAGGUCGGGGUGUUUGUGGAUUAUGAGGAGGGUUUGGUUUGUUUUUAUGAUGUAGAGUCCAGGUCUCAUAUCUACUCUUUCACUGCUCAAACUUUCACUCAGAAACUCUUUCCUUACUUUUGCCCAUGUCCUAAUGAUGAAGGUAAAAAUUCAGCUCCUCUGAUCAUCUCACCUGUUCAUUACAACAAAUGAAUUCACAUCCAGUAUGUAAAACAUUAAACUUAAGCUUUAUAGAAAUAUGAAUCAUAAAUAGACAUUAUCUUUAUGUAAUAGUCAUUUUGUACUGUGCAGCAUCAGAAUAAGGUUUUUAAGAGUAAAUAAAAAGUAAUUUUACUACAUUUGGUGUUAUUUGCCUAAUGCUGUAUUCUUGCAAUGGUGGUUCUUUUAAUUAAGUUAACUUUAUUAUUUAAAUUUCACAUUUUAAGCCCUCAUUAUAAAACUUUUCCAAGGAAAUGAAAUGUUGAGUAAUGAAAGUGUUUAUUACUGUGAGGAAUGGGUGCAUAUGGGUGGACUAUGGACACACUCGCUCUUCUUCUACAUACACUUCCUGUAUGUUAUAUAUUUAAACCAUGCUGUAUCUGUGUUCACUUUGCAAAGUAAUGUCAGUUUACUAAAAGUAUAAAACUAUUACUAAAUAAAUAAAAUAUAAAUAAAACUGUUCC